AGCUAAUAGAGGAUACUAUGAGUAGGAUUCGAGGGGAAAGUGCACUCCACAUUAGAACUUCAACUUAGAAACCUACCAAAAGAGCUUAGCGUUUCGCUAAUAAAUUCAGCCUUAUUUUAUUUCUUGUAUCUCCUCCUCGUUAUGUCUGAAGAAGAAAAUCUGCAAACUGUUGAAGGAAUAGAUAAACCAAUGACAACUCCUUAUUAUGGUAUGAUAAAACAUAUUAUUCGUGUGAUGCUGAUUGAUCAUGACAAAGAGUUUGUUGAUGAGAGGGUCGAUUUGUUAAAAUCUUACGGAUAUAAAGUUACGACAGUUGAUACGGCUUUGGCAGCAAUGUCAAUACUCUCCAAAGGAAAGGAAAAAAUCGAUGUGAUUAUAUUCAACGUCCAUUCACCCGACCGACUUUCUUUUCAGCUUUUGGCUCAAGCUGUAGCCUUAAAUGUUGUUUCAUUGUUUAUAUGUGAUGAAGACAAUGACCUCUUAGCAAUGAAGGCUUUGAACAUUGGAGCUUGUAUUUACCUGAAAAAGCCACUAGACGAGGAAAUCGUGGAAGAUUUGUGGCAAUUUGUAUUGAGGAGAACAAUCCAAAAGGAAAAAGUUCGAGAACGAUUAGAAGAAAAUGGAGAUAAGAUGAAUGUUGAUGAUAUUGGUAACAAUAAUAUUGUUGGAGAUGAAGUACAAGCUGGAGAAAAGAGUAUUCCUAAUAUUGAGAACCAGAGCAAUAACAUUGAGGCUGAAAAUGAUGUGGUAUCCAAUGGGAAAUACAAGCAAGGGAGGAAAAGAAAUAGAAAAAGCACAAAAGAGAUAAAUGAAGGAGAAAGCCAGAGCAGUGCCAUUAAUAAAAGCGUUAGGCAGAAGCUUCGCAUAGAAUGGACUGUGGACCUUCACACCAAAUUCAUGAAAGCCGUGCAACAACUUGGUGAAGGAAGUUGUUACCCGAAAGAGAUUCUUGAGAUGAUGAAUGUGCCUGGUCUUACUAGAAUGCAAGUUGCUAGCCAUCUUCAGAAAUGUCGUAACGACAAUUGGAGAGUUCCAAAAAAGCGAAAAUCUAUUCGUCACUCAUCAGGCCAGGGAUCUUCAAGUGGUUCUAAACAAAUAAGUAGACUUAGAAAAUUUGGGACAAUGCCUCGUCUUAAAACAAAUGUUACAAAUCUGCAACAACAACAAUGCAACCUAGAAAUCCGAAGAGUUCCAAAGUUUCCAUUUCAACCACACAACAUCAACAACAUUUUUGAAAGAGGAGAGAGUUCAAUUCAACAGCAGGUUUAUCACCCACAACUUAAUGUUGGACCCACCUACCUUAGCAUUGACAGCCUAUUCAAUAACCCAUUUUUGUCGGCACAAAAUAAUGUUGGCGGUGGGCUACAACAACAACAACAUAGCCCAUUAUUUGAAAUGUUGGGACCACAAGGACUACAACGCCCAAUUAAUGGGAGCACUAAUUAUAGGCCUGAGCUAGUGUUUAAUGAUGGAUAUUAUCAUGCUCAAAAUGACUACAAGUUGAAUGUCAAUGCGUACAAUAUAAAAACAUAUUCAAAUAGCGCAAUGAUAUCUGAUGCAGAUGUUGGAAAUGCGACUAUUAUUAAUGGAUUAGGAGUAACCAAUGCUAAUUUCCAGCAAUAUAUGGGUGAACAAAACAUGUCUGAUCCUAGCAAUAUUGUUGCGGCAUCAUAUCCGAGUGAUAUGGAAGGAGGUGAUUCAAGUAAGAAUGAAAAUUAUGAUGUGUAUUUCGAUUACAAUAAUACGGAUUAUCUCUUCCAAAAUCUUAAACUUUCAAGUGAUAACCUACCUAAUGACCAAGACAGUGAAUUUGAUCAAGUUUACUCUAGUGAUCAGGUGGCACCAACACCGAGUGUCGAGUUUUCAGGAAUAACAAAUUUUCCUCGUGACUUAUCAAUAUGAUCCAAUGCUAUCAGAGACUACCAGUGACAACUCUCACAAGGGCUCUUUGCAGUGAUAAAGUUGUUUCCUCAAGUGGAAAUUGCAUCUUUCAUUUCUCUGGAGACUAUUUUGUUUCGUAUGAUUUGGAUUGCUUCAACUAAAUGACAUUUUUUUCCCCAUUUGAAUUAAUGGCCAGUAUUUAAUUACAGGCUUGCAUUUUUUUCUUGACUUGGGACUAUCGUUUUGCUUAGUAUCCCAUUAAUCGUCCCGACAUUACAAACCUUUGGUUGACUGAUUAAAUAUUAUGGGAUUGAUUAUCUUUGGACUAA